UUUUACCUAUCAUAUUUUCCUUUGUAUCUGUUCCUUGCGUGUUAAGGGAACCAGUUCCUCGUGUAUCGAGUGCUCGUCGCUAACUUACUAUCAUCAUCAGGUUCGCUGCAAGGUGAUUUACUUGGGCGGCAAGCUACAUUGUCACCUGGGGGUUGAUUACUCUUCAUUGUGUUUUUGCCGCCAGCUGGUUCAAAUUCAAAUUUUACGUCGUCCGUGUUUAUUUAUUUCUUUCCUGGGUCAGGGUACCAAGGGUGUGCAUUCUCAUGGUGUUCUGAGUUUGGUGUGCUUUCUCCGUUUGGGUGUGUUCUGCUGGUCAACUUUUACUCGGGGUUCUGUGCUUUGUAGGGGAAGGCACUUUGUCAUUUGUGGUGGGUCUGGCGGUUCGUGUUGUUUUACUUGGCCAUUCAUGAUGACCGUGUUGUUCUGAUUUAAGUCUUUGGCCGCGAUUUAUUUCCUUUGGUUUGCCUAUCAUUGUCCUCGACCAUCAAGUCACUCUCUCCAUCGUGUAAGAGAUAUUCUACGUCCCUCUUAGGUCACCGUCACAACAGCAAAAGGCAAAGGGAUUGAAGUCGCUCACCCUGUUCUAACUCUACCAGCACCAGGUCUUCUUUCUAAUUCAGAGAGAUGGAUUCGUGUUUGAAACGUCUUCCCUUGUGUUGCUAUGUUGAUACACCUAAAGUAUGGACAAAAGAACAAGUGGAAGCAUGGAAGCCCAUUGUGGAUGCUGUUCGUGCCAAAGCUAAAUGGGCUUGCAUAGACAAAGGACUGUUCCCACAAAUUCGAAGCAAUGGCAUUGAUGUUGCACAAUAUACACCACCACUAAGGAGGCUGAGGACUGAUGAAAUUCCUCAAAUAAUCAAUGUUUUUAGGCUUGCUGUGCAAGAAAUGCUAUGGAAGCCAGUGCCUUAACCAACCAAAAAUGUUGUGAAAAAUCAAUUUACUUCAACCAUAAUCUAUAUGAACAAUACCUGGAAUGGCAGGAUAUAAUUAUAUUAUGUCUUUUUUAUUGCAUUGGUUCAGGUUAUAAUUUAAAGGCUUUAAUACAAUUGAUUUGCUUUUUCAAGUUUCAUUAAAGGUUCAAUUUUGUCCCUCUAAACUAAAAGUUGGUAUUGACAAUGAUGCUCUCCUAUUUUUUGAAAUGAUCCAAUUUUUUCCCAUUGUUUCAUUAGUAUCCUAGAUGUAAUGUCAAACUUGGAUGCCAAAACUGUUAAGAUAAGGGUGCCAAGUAAUAAAUAACAUCUAAAUUUGCAAAUGGUUAGAUUUUGUUUUACUUUUAAAAGGGAUAAAGGAGCACAAUGGAAACAUUUUAUAACUGUAGAAGUUUAAUUAGAUAAGAUUGCUGGUAUAAAUCUAAGGUGUAGAACAUUUAAGUCUGAUUUAGAACUUUUACAUAUUAGUUAUUGUUUGUUUGUUUGUUGUUAUUAACAUUUAUGACUAAAUUAAAUUGAAAUUGCUAUUUAAAUGCAUGCUAUCAUUGCGUAAAAAAAUUUUGGUCUUUUAUUCUACCAUCUAAAAUGAUGAAAGCCUUACAAAGAAGUUAGCAUCUUGCAUGAGAGCUUUGUAGAUAUCAGUUAAUCAACAUAUGGCUAUG